CAGAUCUAAAGAACGGGCCAGAAUUAUUCACCUUGCAAUCGUUGUAAAAAUAAAACAAAAGAGUAAAUAAUUGAUUUUCCCCCAACCUUUCUUUCGUUGCCCUUCUCUCUCCUCUUUGUUGCCAUCAGUUUUCUUCGAUUUGUUGAUCUGCUUCACAGACAUAUACUUACCUGCUCUGAUCUUUCCUUUCUUCCACCUUUUUACUACUUAUUACUGGAUUGCCGACAAACAGAGAUUGUUAUAGAUAAUCUUUGUUAGCACUCAUUUUGUUCAAAUGCUAUCAUUUUUCACUGAAUAGCCUAAGAAGAUGAAGAUUGAUUUUUGAAGGUGAAAAAGAUUGAUUUUUGUGAGUUUUGUGAAAUUGGGGUGGCUUGGAUUUGCUUGGUUUUUCUGAUAUGGGUGGGUGUUUUCCUUGCUGGGGAUCAUCCAACCAAGCUGGGAAGACUGACAAAGAAGCCGCUAACAAAGACGGUGUGAAAGAAAAUACUUCAAUUAUUCAGUCUAAUCAACUGGGAAAAGUUAAUUCAGAUAAAUCGAAGAAUCGCAAUGGUUCUGAUCCAAAGAAGGAGCCAGCAGUUUCAAAGGAUGGAUCAACUGCUCAUAUUGCUGCACAAACAUUUACAUUCCGGGAGCUUGCAGCUGCCACGAAGAAUUUCAGACCAGAAAGUUUGUUGGGCGAAGGAGGGUUUGGACGUGUUUAUAAAGGUCGCUUGGAAAGCACUGGACAGGUAGUUGCAGUGAAACAGCUUGAUCGAAAUGGACUUCAAGGCAACAGAGAAUUUUUGGUUGAGGUUCUUAUGCUCAGUCUCUUGCACCAUCCAAACCUGGUCAAUUUGAUUGGAUAUUGUGCUGACGGGGAUCAACGGCUUCUUGUAUAUGAAUAUAUGCCGUUGGGUUCAUUGGAGGAUCAUUUACAUGACAUCCCACCUGGCAAAGAGCCUCUUGAUUGGAAUAUACGAAUGAAGAUUGCAGCUGGUGCUGCCAAGGGCUUGGAGUAUUUGCAUGACAAAGCAAAUCCCCCGGUUAUAUACCGAGAUUUAAAAUCGUCCAACAUUCUUCUGGAUGAGGGAUAUCAUCCCAAGUUAUCCGAUUUUGGACUGGCAAAGUUGGGCCCUGUCGGAGACAAGACUCAUGUCUCCACUCGGGUUAUGGGAACUUAUGGUUACUGUGCUCCUGAAUACGCUAUGACUGGGCAACUCACUUUGAAGUCUGACGUCUACAGUUUUGGGGUUGUUUUUCUUGAACUCAUCACUGGACGAAAGGCCAUUGAUAACACUCGGGCACCUGGAGAGCAUAAUCUUGUUGCUUGGGCACGUCCUCUUUUCAAAGAUCGUAGGAAGUUUCCCAAAAUGGCGGACCCUCUGCUGCAGGGACGUUAUCCAAUGCGAGGUCUUUACCAAGCUCUUGCUGUUGCAGCAAUGUGUCUACAAGAACAAGCUGCCACUAGGCCUCUUAUUGGGGAUGUUGUGACUGCUCUUACAUAUUUGGCAUCACAAACCUAUGAUCCAAAUGCACCUAACAACCAGAGCGGUAGAGUGGGACCCUCUACACCUAGGAGUCGAGAUGAUCGGAGAAGCUAUGGUGAUAGUUUAGAUAGUCCAGAUAGGCGUGCUGCUCGUUUGAGUUCUCCUUCUACUGUAAGGAAUUCUCCAGACUUUAGAAAGAGGGACCAUGGUCGAGAACUGAGCACUGGUGCAGAGUUAGGCAGGAGUGAGGUGGGAGGUGGGUCAGGAAGGAGAUGGGGCUUAGAUGACAUGGAAAGACAAGAAUCACAGAGAGGAAGUCCUGCUAGUUCUGGAAGAACACCAAGGAACCGAGAUAUAGAUAGAGAACGUGCCGUUGCAGAGGCCAAAGUAUGGGGUGAAAAUUAUAGAGAGAAAAAAAAGGCAAAUGCAAUGGGAAGUUUUGACAGCUCAAAUGAGUAGCUGAACCCGAAUUCCACUUUCAGAAUUUGCAAGAGGUAGGAAAAAAAAAAAUCAUCCAUCUUGGUGAGAGAUUAAGGAAUGCUUCUGCGGAUGUCUCAGCUUUUACUGUCUUGGUUUCCAAUUUUCCGCCUGCAGUAAGGGUCUGUUCUUGUAUCCCACCUUCAACUGUUGGUUUUUCAGUGAGGAUGGAGCAAAAUGUGUAUGUUUUUGUGGUUGAGAAGAUGGUGAUGCAGUUGAAUGAUCCUGUAACAGAGGGUUUAGUGUCUGUCAGUGAUUGUGAGCAUUGACAGGUUCAUUAUACCUUCAAUGUUUUUAAUGUAUUUAGGGUUUAGGAAGUACAGUGUAGAGGAGCCACUUUGGGAAAGUGUUAAAACCUGUAUCCCUGUUAUAAUGUUGGUGCAUAUUGCCUGUUGGGGAGACUUGGAAGGUCUGGUUUUUCGGGUGUCUCAUUGCUCUGUCAUUACAUCCUUGUAUUAAGUACAGUCUUUUUCUUUUUUUUUUCCCCUCUUAUCCCUUCAAAUUAUUGAGUCAGUCAUGUUUCCGGCGUAGAGGAGUUUGGUGGUAUCACUAUCGUUCCAUGACAACCACCCUUAUAUCAGCUAUAUGUCUGUACUCUUAUGCAUAUAUUUUUUGUUAUUGGUUUAAUGGUUUGCAUUUCAUUGUCUGAGUCCUAUUUGGUUCUAGUGUUUUUUGAAGAAUCUAGUCUAUCUUAUUCCUCAGCUUAUUAUU